GCCCUUCAUGGAUCUGGUGUGCGUCGUGAUGUGGACCACGCUGGACAUCAUGACCGUUCUGGUCGGCAGGACCCCGAUGGAGUUCAAGUUCGCCCUGGCCGUAGUGACCAUGCUGCUGCUUCUCGCCCUCGCUGGGCAGAUGUACCUUCUGACGAUGACGACGAUGUUGCAGUGCACGACUGACCUCCGCCUCGAGCGGGACUGGACACCAUUCGAUAUGGUUCAGACAUCGGAGUCCAACGUGUACUUCGACAGUGACUAUUUCCUGGAUGACCUCGGCUUCGAGACCGAGCUCUGCAUCUUCGAGCUAGUGCCGACGCGGCCGCCGCUGCUCGUGGCGUUCGUCCUCCGCUUCUUUGUGAUCCUGUUGCGGAUCGGGUCGAUGGUCCCCAAGAUGCCGUUCACGAUCGUGAUCGCUACGAUGCUGCUCACCCUGUUCGUGCUGCUGCCGCUGGUCGCCCAUUGCCCGCAGUUCGGGCUGGAGCGGAUGACGAUGCUGGCGUUGGUGCUCUCCCUGCUGCUGCUGCCGCUUGUGCGGAUAGCCGCCUUGGAGAUGCAGUUCAGGGCUCAGGUACUGGUGUGCCGCCCCCUGCCGAAGCCCAACCGCAUCCUGGUGGUCCUGUCAAG